UUCUCUUCCCUUUCAACCCUUUUUCACUGCAAAAAGACCCUAAUCCUAUUCUUUCUUAUCAGUUUUUACUUUUUACAGAGAGCACUCUCCACGUUGCUUCAUCACGACCCACCUCAUCUCCCACCUCAUCUCCCAACAUUACGAUCGUGACGGUUGUUGUUCAAUUUCAUCUUUGUAUUCCGUUACCCUUCAUGAGGCGUCUCUCCUGGAUGCAUCAGUACCAAUUCGCAAGGAAGAGGCACUGAAGUGGAUGUGAUCACCAUUGAAGAUUCACACUGAAGAAGGUAGAUGGAGGAAUUUGCGAUUCCUAUUUUUCACCAUGGUGGACAUUUUGUGAGGGAUAACAAGGGAUUUCUUGUAUAUAUUGAGGGAAAAGUUGAAAAAUUUCCUAAGAUGGAUAUUGAUCUGAUAUGCUUCUUUGACCUGCAAACUCUGUUCAAAUGCUUGGGUUAUUUGGAUUAUAAGGCUAUGUACUGGUUUGAUCCUACUGCACCUGACUUAGAGAAUGGGUUGCACCUUAUAAACGGAGACCUUGAGAUUAAUCAGCUGCGUGAGAAUAUACUAAAGAACAAGGACACGGAGGAGUUUUAUUUGUAUUUUGAUCACCCAAUAAUGGUUACUCCUGUUGAGGAUGUUGAGAUGGACAUUGAUAUUGAUGCAGAUGUUGAAGAGGAUUCCAGUGAUGAUGGGUAUGAAACGACAGAAGAUGAACCAUACAAACCACCUCCCCAAGGAUUUGAAGAGGAUAGCAGUGACUCAGACUGUGUGAUUGUGAAGAAACAGAGUAGGAAAGUUUGCAAAAAAAUAGAGAGUGUGGUGGAAAAGAAGAGCUUAAAGAUGGUUAGUUUAAAAAAGAAGGCUUCAACAGUUGAUAAUAGAUGUACUGGUGGACCCAGUUCUAGGCCAACUGUGGGUACCAAAAAAUCUGCCAAGGCAAAGUAUAAUGGACCAAUUGGUGCUAGAGGCCCAAAAUCUCCUGGGCCUAUUAGUGCUAGAGGCCCAAAAUUCUCUAGGUCUGUUGGUGCUAAGGCCAAUUUCAAGAUCCAAAAAAAUACUGCACAAAAGGGUGCUGCCUCGACCUCCUUUGGGGCAAAUUUUGGUGGAAGAGGUGCUGCUAUUCCAAGAUCAGAGGAUGCAAAUUCUGGUGAAGAUGAUGAAAAAAGUGCAGAAAAUGUGGAUGAAGAAGAUCCAAUCUUUGAGUAUGAAUCAGAGUCAUUGCUGACACCAAAUAGUUCUGAAGAUGAAAAAGAGAGGUAUGAAUUUCCUCAAUUUAAUGAUGCUGCUGGAUUUGGAGAGGUGUAUUUUGAGUUGGGGAUGGAAUUUGCCACAAUUGAAUCUUUCAAGAUUGCUCUGAAGGAUCAUGUCAUUUAUGAGGGAAGGAAAAUUAGGUAUAUAAAAAAUGAUCAAAGGAGAGUUAGAUGUGAUUGUGAGCAUGGGUUGGAGAGAAUAAAAAAGCCAAGAAAGUCAAAGGGGGCCAAUGAGGCAUCUACUAACAACAAUGCAGAACCAAAAAGUAAUGAUGCAAACAAUGUUCAGAGAGGUGAUGGCAAUGAUGUGGGAACUGUGGAAGGUGGAGCUGUGAAUGAAGAGGCUGCAAAUGUGACCGUUGAAACUAAUUCUGUGAAAGUUGUUACUGCUGAGGCUGCUGGUGCUGUCAACAAAAGGUGCUUCCACUAUUGUUCUGUCUAGCCACAGAUUUUGACGCUCUUGAACCCACCCCAUUCCACAUCUACCAUAAAUGGACCUUCAAAGUCCGAAAAAUUGCUGCCAUAGAAAAGGAAGACGCUGUCUGUCGCCGCUGCUGGUUGGCUGACUCCAAACGUAAAACUGAUUCUGUAGAAGAACCCGGUCUCCAUGAAGGCGCCAUGAUUCUUAGAUGACAACGAAUCAAAGCACAAAAUACAUGACAGUUACAACAAGUCCAUUAUCUUUUAUUUCAAAUUAUCCUCAACGUGUACGUAAUAGAA